ACAGUACGGUUUGAUCGCAGAGGAGUUAGAACGUAACAAAUAUGUUAAAAAACAAACUUUAUUAGUGUUUUAGUGCGUGUUAGUGUUAAUAUGUGUUGUGUGGUGUAGUUUAGUGAUUUUGGCAUAUAAGGGAUUUGUUUGAAGAUGGCAGAAAUAAUCCCGAACCGCCGUAAAUUCGCUACUAUGGUCACCGAGCCGAACCCCCUCAUCAUUCUUCUGAUCCUGGCGAUUCUGGGGCUAUGCUCGACCCAGGUCAUCAACAGAGCUCCUCACUUCGUGCCACAAGCUGGGGAUAUGUCUCAACUCAGUUUACCUGAGGAUACUCCUGUUGGCACACCAGUUUAUCAGCUUCAAGGCAUAGACCCGGAGAACAGCCAGCUGAGGUACUCCAUAUCGGGGCAGUUCUUCACUGUGGACUCGCUUACCGGCGUGGUCACGUUGGCUAAGAAGCUGGACCGAGAAGAACAACCUUCACUGGAAGUCAUCAUAAGUAUUACAGAUGAAGGCAUCGCCAACACAGACCCCAAUACGGUGUCCCUCCGGAGAGUGAUCCCAGUGAAGGACGUGAACGAUAACCCACCUGUGUUCCACAACAGGCCGUACAUACUCAACAUUAGCGAAGCGACUCCUGUGGGAAGCGAGGUUGAGCUGAACCCAAAAAUUAUAGUGACAGAUCGCGACGAAGGUCACAACGCCGAGAUCAAGGUCACCUGCUCUACCAAAGAGAGGGGCAGCGAUGCAGAGGCCUGUGCUACCUUCAGAGUCGUUACUGACAUGAUCUCUCCAAACGAGUACCAAGCCCGUCUCUUUAUCCAACGCCCGCUAGACUACGAGAGUCGUUCAGCGUACGUGCUAAGUCUAGAAGCUGCCGACGUCUCAGACCGGCCUUUGCGCGCCUUUGCCAGCGUGGCGGUCGCUGUAAGGGACGUACAGGACCAACCGCCAGUGUUGAUCAACGCGCCAUAUUCGGCUACAGUGCCAGAAAAUACUCCACCGAACACCAGCAUAAUGGAAAUAGUAGCCAAAGACGGUGACACAGCGCACCCACGACCAGUCCUACUGACCCUGGAAGGAGACACUGAGCAGUACUUCAAGCUGUUACCAGAGAGGCCUAUUGGAAGAGCUGUGCUGGUCGCAUCUGACAACCCUAUCGAUAGGGAGAGCGAUGUCGUUAUACAGAAUGGAGGGGUUUAUAACUUCUUUGUUAAGGCUACAGAACUGAUAAACAACGAAGUGCCAUCUGACUACACAGUCACGCCAAUAACUAUAGUAGUAACCGAUGUUGAUGACCAUAUACCUAAAUUUAAUAAACACCAAUUUGAUAUUUCAAUCCCUGAAAAUAUAGAAAACGGAAGCCCUAUACCGGGUCUAUCUAUUUAUGUUGAAGAUAAUGAUAUUGGGCAAAACAGCAGAUAUGAUUUGUAUUUACGAGAUGUUUUUAAUUCUGAAGGAGUGUUUUCAAUAAGCACAGAUCAUGGAGAAGGCAGAACCCCAAUUAGUAUAAAAGUAAAAGAUUCUUCUCGACUUGAUUAUGAUGUCGAUGAUGACGAUAAAAGACUUUUUAGUUUCGAUAUAGUAUCAUCUGUUGGUAAUAUAGAACUGAGUUCAGCAAGAGUUAAUAUAAAGCUUUUAGAUAUGAAUGAUAAUUCACCUAUAUUUGAUCAAACAAGUUAUAAAUUUAAUGUUUAUGAAAAUGCUCCCAUUGGAAGCCUGAUUGGUGAUGUAGCAGCUACAGAUAAGGACUAUGGUAUUUUUGGUGAAAUCGAAUACUCACUUACUGGUUUUGGAUCUCAUUUAUUUAAAACUGACAAAAACAAGGGGAAUUUAUAUGUUGGUCAAUUACUUGAUUAUGAAAAGCAGAAGAGUUACAGCUUGACGCUUAUAGCGAAGGAUGGUGGAGGUAAACUCAGUACUACUAGUGUGUAUAUUGAAGUUCUGGAUGUGAAUGAUAACGCUCCUGUCUUUGAAGCUCCUGAAUAUAGUAGAACUAUAAGAGACGGAGCUACUAGUUUUGAACCACAAUUUGUUGUUACCGCUACAGACGCAGAUGGUCCAUCGCAAGGAGGUGGUCGUAUCAAAUAUUCUCUUGAAUCCGAUAAUAGCAUCACUCACAAAGGCAAUGUAUUCUCCAUUGAUGAAGAUACUGGUGAGAUUGUGAUUCUUGAAAAGGUUGAAACUAUGGAUACACCUAGAGGACAAUACGAACUUGUUGUAAGAGCAACUGAUUAUGGUAAACCUCCUCUUCACAACGAAACUCGGGUCUACAUAAGAGUUGGAGUACCUGGCAACCAGCGCCCCACUUUCAAGGGCAACUAUCACCACUACAAAUACACCGUCAACCAGCAACCAGACAUAAAUGAAGACUUCACUUUUGAGCUCAAUCCGAUGAACUAUAAAGCUAGUAUCAAAGAAGAUGCUAAGCCUGGACAAAAUGUCACAAUGGUUGUGGCGAAUGACCCGGAUGGGUUGGAUGAUCUUUUGACAUAUCAUAUUGUAUCUGGAUCUAAAGAUAACUUCGUUAUUAACGAAAAGACUGGUCUUAUAACAGUAUCAAACGAUGCAAAUUUAGAUCGAGACGUCAACGCAGACCGAUACGAGAUCAUAGUCUCCGCAGUUGAUAGCGGAAUGCCCAUCCCAGAAACUGCAACCACAACAGUAUUCGUCACCAUCCAGGAUGUCAAUAAUAAACCUCCUAAGUUCAACACCACUGAAUCAACCACUUACAUUUCAGAGAAAACUAAAAUUGAUGCCGUUGUUACACAACUAGUCGCCCACGAUACUGAUGUAAACUCAGUUCUUAAGUACAGUAUAAUUGAUCCCAUAAAAGCUUUUUCAAAAGCUGGUGUCCAAUUGAAACCUAACGCACAAUAUGACUAUAAACACAUUUUCCGUAUCAAUGAAGAUACAGGUGAAAUUGUAGUCAAUGGUACAUUAGAUUAUAGUCAAGCUUCGAUAAUCAUUCUGACUGUAAAAGUAGUCGAUAUAAAUGCAGAAGUUGAAAUAGAUAAACAAUUUGAUAUUGUUGAACAUACCAUUUAUAUCCAACCGUAUGCUGAUAAGAAUCCACAGUUCACAAAUCCUGGUUGGUCAACUUCGCACCCUAUAAUUUAUCAUAAGAUCAAAGAAGAACAGCCCAUAGGAAGCACAGUUUUGGUGUUGAUAGCUGAAGAUCCAAUAUCUGGACAUUUAGUGUCAGGAUUCAAAGUAGUAAAUUCCGAAACAGGUCUGUUACAAGUAGACCCACUAAGUGGCCAAGUGGUUUUAACUAAGCAUCUUGAUUACGAAGAACUGACAACACCAAAUUUGACUUUAACUGUGAAGGCAACGAGUAAUGAUGGAAGUAAACAUACGAUGGCGAAGGUCAUUAUUGAAGUUAUAAAUUUGAAUGAUAAUCCUCCGAAAUUUGAUAAAGAGCUCUACAAAGUUAGCGUCCUAGAAUCAAUAAAGGACGAAGAACAAAUUUUGACAGUUACUGCUACUGAUGCAGAUGCAGUUUUAACUGAAGAAGAUAAAAGGAAAGGCUUUUCCGAUAUACGGUACACGUUAAGAGGGGAAAACUCAGAUCUCUUCUCGAUUAAUAAUGUUACUGGAGUUAUUAGGCUCGCUCCAAAUAAAACUUUAGACCGCGAACGCCAAUCCGUCCUCAGACUUGAGAUAGAAGCAGUGGACAUGCCCAAAGGAGGUGCUGAACGCCUCAAGACUACUGCCGCGAUACUCAUCGACGUCUUGGAUGUUGAUGAUAAUGCUCCUACAUUCGAAAAGGCUGUGUACACUGCGGUGGUCCCUGAAAAUGUUCCAGUGGGUAUCAGUGUGAUCAAUAUCACUGCCAGCGAUCCUGAUGAAGGUCUUGGAGGGGAAGUCAAGUAUGAACUGUUAGAUGAAGGUGAAGCUAAUGGUUUGUUCACAAUCGACAUAAACACCGGCGAGAUCAAAUCCCGUCGCGACCUGACCGGGCGCGGACGCACGGAUCCGUACCGGAUUCUUAUCGGAGCCACGGACGGCGGCGGACACAACGCGGACACGUCGCUGUCGCUGUACAUCGGAGACGUGUCGGCCAACGACGGCGUGCCGCACUUCAUCCGGCCCGCGUCCGGCGAGCGGCUCAGCGUGAGCGAGAACGCAACGAUAGGCUCUCCAGUGUUCCAGGCAGUGGCAAGUGAUCCUGACGACCCGACGCAACCGUCAGGGCGCUUACUCUACUCCAUACAACAGACGAAUGCCGACGCUAAGGUGUUUGCUAUAGAUCCCCAGUCCGGCUUGAUCACAACUCGCCAGUCACUAGACCGGGAGCGCAAGGCCUCGUACACACUAGUGCUCCUCGUCACAGAUCGAGGUUCCCCUCCUCAGCAGACUACCAGGAUCGUCACCGUGGAUGUCACUGAUGUGGACGAUCAUAAGCCACACUUUGCUAGGAACUUGGACGAUCCACCUGUCCUCUUGACCACCAAAGAGGAGAUACCAGUCGGUACCGUAAUCGGAGAGCUACAAGCCAUAGAUGAGGAUAUAGGGGACAACGCAGCUAUCGACUAUGCUAUCACAGCCGGCAACGACCUCGGUCUGCUCAAACUCGAACGGACCAACGACAGCAAAGCCCUCAUAAAAGCGGCCGCCCGUAUCGACAGAGAGGCCAUUGCGAGGAUAAUCAUCACUGUCAAGUGCUUCAAGCACGGAACCAAGCCUCGACUGAGUAAGGCGUAUAAUCGAUUGGACCCUUCAGAAACGCAAGCGCUAAUCAAGAUUCUGGACAUAGACGACCACCUCCCGCAGUUCGAGAGUGCCAACAUGACAGUAGGAGUCCGUUUGAACGUGCCUAUUGACACUGUCAUAGCCACUGUCAAGGCUGUUGACAAGGAUCCAGACGCGUUACCUGUUCAGUAUCAAUUCGUGAACAUGAGUUUCGAGUCACCGAUCCGUGCUCGGUCGUCCAACAACGUUUCUGACGUCAUCUCACUCAACAAUCACACGGGGGAACUAAGGAUCAUGAAGAACCUCAUUCACUACGCUGAUGGCAUAUUCCGAUUAACCGUCCGUGCUAAUAAUUCUGGAGAUCCUGAGAGAUAUAGUGACAUCUUAGUUGAGGUGGUAGUAGUCCGAGAACGAGAUUUACUACGUCUAGUAGUCAGCGCUCGCCUAGUACCAGCGCUGCGCGCGCGGGUAGCAGAAGCAGUCGCCCCUAAAGGCCUAAGACUACAACUACAGUUGCACGAGGCUGCUGCCUUCCACGACACUCCAGGACCUUGCUUUCAAUUCCGGAAAACCGACACGGGCGAAGCUUUAACCCCGAAAGCCAUGAAGGCCGUCAUCCGCUCCCUCGGAACCGAAUUCCAGCAGAUCUUACAAACCUAUGACGUCCACAACAUAACCAGUUGUGGUGUGUCACGGGCGACACACACGCCAGCGCAACAUGCCUUGUUAGCGUUAGCUGGGGUGUUGCCUAUAGGUGCUCUGAUAGCUGCAUUAGUUUUGUGCUGUAUGCAUUCUAAUGCCAAACAACGAGCCCGAUCAGCACUUUUACUAUCUCGGGAGCCCCCCACCGCCAGUAACAUCUCCGCACCUCCGACGUUACUAUACGCCGAGCCGCUCUACAGAACUUGAUAUAGCAGUGUACGAUUCAGCGGCCCAUUGUA